AUGUGUCUUCCAUUCAGACUGAAACAUUAUGCUCCAGCCAAAACGGCCAAAACCACACCGGUAGCUCAAAUUCCUCGUCUACCAUCCACAGCGCGAUGCCCGAACGACACCAAGAACUCAACCUUACAUACUCGCCCCUCACCUGGGUCUCCUCUUUUAUCGCCUAGCAUCCAAUACAUGGACAGCUCCAAGAAAUCAAGCCUCAGCUCUACACCUGGAUAUCAGACCCAAACGCCCCCGUCUACUGUCCCAUCAAAGAGGCAUUCUGAAGAGUCUCCGAAGCCAGUCGCCGCCGUUGAGACUCCAUUUUCAUCAUCCACCCUACCCCAUACGACACCCGAUGAGAGUGGGCUCUACAGGCUAAAUGUUGCACAAACCGAAGGAAAAGACGUCUAUGAGCUAAGGGUAUCUCGACGUAGGAGAGUUGGUGUUAGAGACAAUGAUCAUAAUCACUUCGAUUUCUUUGGACUGUUUGAUGCACUUGGCUCCAUUGGCGAUGGAGGUGGAGGUGGUGGCCAUGGAGGUGGUGGCGGUGGAGGAGGAGACGGAGGUGGCGGAGGCGGUGGGGGGUGUUGA